CACCCCAUCCGCCCCCGUAGCGCCCCGCGCGCAAGCGUCGACUCGCCCUCGCCCUCGGCCUUGCACACCCGUCUCGCAUUCUCGCAGCUGCAGCACGUCGCUGCCGUGCGCGUUCCGUCCUCGCUGCGCUGCCCCCAGAUCGUUCCUCCCGCACUCGGAGCGCAUCUCCAUCCGGUGAAACACCACCUCGCCAUUCACUCUGUCUCUGGACGCCUUCGUUUGCGAGCCGGCGCCCUGCUAUUGUCUCCGUCGAGUGAGGCGCCUGCGCCUGUCGACCCUCCCGCACACGGCACACGGCCGAGCACCCGCCACGAGCAGCCGAUAAGAUGGGCAUCUGCAUGUCGAGCGCAGACAACCAGGAUGCCGAGCAGAAGAAGCGCAGCCAGGCCAUCGACCGGAAGCUCGAGGAGGACUCGCGCCGGUUACGGCGAGAAUGCAAGAUCCUUCUCCUGGGCUCUGGCGAGAGCGGCAAGUCCACCAUCGUCAAGCAGAUGAAAAUCAUACAUCAGAACGGGUACACGCAAGAAGAGCUCGCAAUGUACCGCCUCACCAUAUAUAAGAACGUGAUAGACUGCGCGAAAGCCCUCAUCGGCGCGAUGCACCAGUUCGAGAUUGCGCCCAGCGACCCCAACAAUGAGGAAUUCUGCCGCUAUCUGCUCGACUACACCGUCGACCCCGACCCAGAGAAGCCCCUCGACAUGCGGGUGGGCCAGGCGAUAACCUCGGUAUGGCGGGACCCAUGCGUGUCAAAAGUCCUUGAGCAUUCCAGCGAAUUCUACCUAAUGGACUCGGCGCCAUAUUUCUUCGACGAGGUUAUGCGCAUAGCCGACCCCAACUACAUCCCGAUCGAGUCCGACGUCCUCCGUGCGCGUACGAAAACGACGGGUAUAUACGAGACAAGAUUUACCAUGGGCCAGUUGUCGAUACACAUGUUUGACGUCGGCGGCCAACGGAGCGAGCGUAAGAAAUGGAUACAUUGUUUCGAAAACGUCACAUCUAUCAUCUUUUGCGUGGCAUUGAGCGAGUACGACCAGGUCCUACUGGAAGAAAGCUCUCAGAACCGCAUGAUGGAGAGUCUUGUGCUGUUCGACUCAGUGGUCAACAGUCGGUGGUUCAUGAGGACAAGCAUCAUCCUCUUCUUGAACAAGGUCGAUCUGUUCAAGGCGAAACUGGCGCGCUCACCAUUAGGGAACUACUUUCCCGACUAUUCUGGAGGCAACGACGUGAACCGCGCAGCCAAGUAUCUGCUCUGGAGAUUUAACCAAGUGAACCGAGCGCACCUCAACUUGUAUCCACAUCUCACACAAGCCACCGACACAUCGAAUAUCCGACUCGUCUUCGCCGCUGUGAAGGAGACCAUAUUGCAAAAUGCGCUCAAAGACUCGGGCAUCCUCUGAGGUCUCGCUGUCUGCAUCACCCCCUCCUAGACGAGGACACACGUCGACCGCUGUGCAUAUCGUUCAUCUCUUCCUCCACCGUCCCCGACAUAACAUAUAAUACACGACAC